AUAAGAGAAAAAGAGAUCGUAUACACACUUGAACGCGUUGUUGUCUGUGCAUCAUUAUCUUUGGAGUCUGGUCUAUACCCUCUGAGUAAUUACCGACUGUGGGAGGAAUUUUUUGUCAUAAAAAAGUUUCCAAUUUGGAAUUUUUAAAAACGAGUUAAAUUUUUUAAAAAAAAGCAAAAAUUACUUAUCAAAUUUCGAAAAAUUAAUUUUUAGAAUUAAAUACUCUUAUUUAUGAAUGUCUUUCAUACACCGUCUAAGGAAUCACCAAUUGGAUUUUCUAUGAAUAAUAUAAAUUACAACCAACUAUAAAAAAAAAGUAUCAAGCUUUCAUUCGAAAGAAAAUAAAUAAUAAACAUGCGCAGCACAUCAUGAUCGCUAGGUAUUCUUGAACCAGUAGCAGACGUAUUAAGAACCUGCCACGACAUAAUAGUGUAACAGUAUGUAAAUAAAUUAUACAAUUUAAAAAUCAUGUAAUUAAAAAUGUGUGUAUUGUACCAUGAAAAUAAUUGCUUAAAUCAUUCAUGUGUGUUCAUGUUUUAAUAUUGGUAGGCUUUACAGGAUGAAAUUUAAUAUGUACUCUCUAAUACAAUAUAAUAUUAUACUUUAUUAACAAAAAAAGUAUCUAUAUGAUAGACAUCAUAUUCAUAAAUAAUGGCAACAUCAGACAGUGAUAAUUUUGAAAGUGCUGACGAAGAUACAGAAUUUCGUGAUGCUUCGAUGAAAAAAUCAUCACCACAAUGGACAUAUAGUUCUCCAAUAGAUUCUGACUCCGACGAUAAUAUUUGCGUGAGUCCUUUUACUAAACAUAUGUCAUGGAGUUCUGGAAUAAGUGACGAAAAGUGUCAAAAUCGAACAUAUGAUAAAACAAAAAGGAAUUUCUCCCAAGUGAAAGCAAAUAGUAGUCAAGAAAUAACUACUUCAAUGAAAAAAACAUCAGAAGUUACUAGAAAAACCGAAAAAGAAGAAGUAAAAGUGAUAUCUAAUGAAGGAAAUACAGAAUUAAAGAAUUCUGGUGAUGGGGAUAAUUCUGUAAUAGAGAAAGGUCAUACAUCGAAUGCUACAAGAAGUGUAUCACGUUCAGCUGAGAAGAAAAAAACAAAAAUUCAAAAAUCUAAAGAAUCAACGAAACCAAAAGGAUUAGGAGCUAAAAGAAUAUCUGAAACUGUAACUUCAUUAUCAUUGGAUAACGUUAAAAUUUCUAAUGAAGAAGUAAAAGAAAAAAAUGAACAAAUAAAGAAUUCUAAUAAAGUUUUAGAUGAUUGGAACUUAGAUGAUCAUAAAGCAACUGAAAUAUUACGUGAUAGUUUUGAUCAAUCUUAUGAAAAAUCAUGGAUAGAAAUAGGUAAUAAAUCUUUAGAUGAAUUUGAUAAAAAUGUGCCAGAGGAACUGAAAUCUAAUAAAAAAUUUAAAGAAAUAUUUCGACCCGAUGGUUGGCAAGAUUUAGAAAAUGAAAAGAUAAUUACACCGACAGUGGAGAAUAAACAUAAAACCUCACUUUUUUUAGAUGAAGUAGCUAAAGUCAAUGAAGAAAAAGAUGAUUCAGGUAGUGGCUGGGGGAGUUGGGGUAAUUGGGGUGUUACUUCACUAUUAAGUACGGCAAGCGCAGGGGUUUCAACUUUAACCAGUCAUGUAACACAAGGACUCACGAUCCUGGAGGAAAGUAUCAUUUCACCUACUGCAGCUAAUCCCGUGCAAAAUGAAGAGGCUGAAAACACUGAAUCAGUAGAUACAUCACCGACUAUUGAAAUACAAGAUUCUUUUGGAUUUAGUAAUCUCAUAUCUGGAGUUUCUUCAAUUACAAAAUUGGUUGAGGAUACAGGAACAAGAGUUAUUACUGGUGGUUUAAAUACUUUAGAAACGAUUGGAAAAAAAACUAUGGAAGUACUUCAAGAGGGGGAUCCGGGUCUAAAAAAGAAAAGAGCAUUUUUCACAAAUGAAUUAAGUAAACCAAUUUUAUCGCAGGUACUUAGAGAAGCAAAAGAUAAAGCGGAAACUGAAGCAAGAACUAUCGAAGAAAAAAAAUUAGCACGGCGAAUUCAUUUUGAAAGUAUUUUUGAUGAUUUUCAAGGACUUGUACAUUUAGAAGCUUUAGAGAUGUUAUCAAAACAAAGUGAAAUGAAAAUACAGCAACGAAUAGUUUCUUUGAAUGUUGAAGAAGGAAUUUCUCUUCAAGAAACUUUAGAUGAAGUAAAAGAACUUUGUGAUAUCAGUGAUGAAGACGAAGGAGUUGAUGAUGAUGAUAAAUUGGAAGAACAAUUAAAAUUCUAUUAUUCAGAGUCAGGAAUUAAUGCUUCAUUUGAUAAAAUCAAUCAAAUUUGGACGGAAACAAAAGAGUAUAUCAACAAUGUUUCAUCACCACAAUCAACAGUAGGAGAUCAAGAAGUAUUUGAAAAAGCGAUAUUAACAAUAGCACAGUUUACAGCUUGUUCUGUGGAACAAUUUCACAAAGUUGGAGAGUUAUUGUUGAUCAAAGGAAAUCGAAGUACUGUUAAUGAAGCUGAUUCAUUAGUUCAUAUAACCAAGAUCUUAUCGAGACGAGUGGAAACUAUUGCCAAUUUAUUUUCUAAAUCAUUUAAUCAGCGCAGUCAAUCAGAAAAAUCUGUCCAAUUUCCUGGGAUUACAACUAUAUUCCUCGAAGCUAACAACGCCAGCUCUUAUAUCCAAGAAGCAUUCCGGCUUCUGAUACCCAUCCUACAAAUUGGAGUUAUUUGAUGACAAAUUUGAUAAAAUUCUUUUACUAACAUCAAUUGUAUUAGAAAUUUUUAGAUUUAAAUUAAUAAUAUACGUGUAUAUAUAAGUAUGAUUAUUGAUUAAAAGAGAUUUUUCAUACAAAUUUUUGCACUUACAAAAUGUUACGAGAAUAUAAUAAGUAUCAAAAAUAUUAUAAUGAAUAAUCAUUUAACAUAUAAGAGUCAUACUUCAAUAACUUCAAUGAUUUACGUUCAUUUUUUUUUGUUAUUUCUUAAACAGUGUAGUAAAACUUAUUUGCUAUUCAGAAAAGCUUGUUAGUACUAACAAACAAAAUAAAAUUCAUUUCAUUAUUAAAAUUAAUUAUUGUUUAUGAAAAAUGGUUUAUUAUUAUUAUUACUAUCAUCAUAAAUUCUUAUUGUUAUUAUUUCAAAAUUUUAUUAACCAAUACAUGUAAAUUAAUUCUUAUUAGUAUACAAAAAACAAGUGGAUAAUUAUAACAUUAAAUGUCUCCACUUACAAAAUUUUGAUAUUUAUUAUUGAUAAUUUUAAUCAUGAUUAAUAAUAUUUGUGUAUGUAAAAAAACGUUAUUUCAAUUUGUUUGUGAGAGAUUGACGAAUUAUUCGUCUACGACUGAAAAUAUAUACACACAUUUGUUGAAAAAUGAUAUUAACAAACUUGCAACAUCUAAGAUUACAAAACAAUAUUCAAAUGUAAAUUUUAAAUGCUUUCGGACCAACUAAAAUAACUAUAAUUCGGUAAUUAACAAAAAAUAUUAAUUUAGUAGCUAAGUAUACUAUUUAGAUAAUAAAGUUUCCAAUUAUUAAACACUUCAUCCAAUAUUGAUGACAGUUUAUUUAAUAAUUGAUUUCGAAAAUACAAAAAAAAAAACAAUAUUCAAAAGUUUGAAUAUUACUCUUUUUAAUCAUACUGAUUACUAAUAAAAAUAACAAUGUUUUUAAAAUAAAUUAAAUAUCCGUUAACAGAUGUACAAAUUUUUUAAUAUCAAUGUUUGCCACGUUUAUUGCCUAUCGGUGGUUUUUGAAGUUGAAAACUUGACGUUGUUUCAUUUGUUGACAGUGGAGCAGUUAAAUUUAGUGGUGGAUUGAAAUUUAAACUCGCAGUUGGUGGUUUUAUUGUAGUAUUUAUUGAAUGAUUCAUUGUUGAUUGUGAUGGGGUAAUAUUUCUCCAGACUGUAAUAUAAAUAUUGACGAACAAUAUGGUAAAUGUUCAAAAUUUUAUUCUGUUAAACAUCCAUUGUAUAAUAAAUUUAUUUUAAAAUAC